AUGUCCAAAGUGGCUGGUGACGUAGUCGAUGAUGUGGCAAUGGAAUCUGACGUGGCUGGUGAUGUGGCAAUGGAAGCUCCAACUUGGCACAUGGUCAAAUGGCUGAAGAAGCUCAACCCCGAUAUUGUAGGAAAGAGAGAUAAGGGUAAAUUUUACAGGUUUCAUGAAGAUUACGGUCACACCACCAAUGAAUGCAGGCAGCUUAAAGAUGAGAUAGAGCGACUAAUUAGAGACAUUUGGCUCAUAAAAUUAACAAGGGAUGGAUGGGAUGAGAGAAGAGCAACCACCUCUAGAAAUAAGGAAAUCAUCACUGAGAAGGAUGAAAGUUUGAUUAGGGUAAUUAAUGUAAUCGCUAGCGGUCCAAAUAUAGGCAAGGCGGGCAAUAAGAGGCCAGUUGAACUGAGCAGUAUUAGUGGCCCAACAAUCCUCUCCGUUGACAGAAAUGAAUUAAGCAAGGAAACAAUUACCAUAGGUUUAAAAGAUAAUGAGGUAAAACAACCACAUUUUGAUCCUUUAGUUGUGUCUAUGCAGAUAAACAAGUAUACAGUACGAUGA